GUGUUUAUCUUUUUUCAUAAUUUUAAGCCAAUAAAAAUUCAACUAGUGCAAUUAUUUUUUUUGAAGUUUGCAAUUAGUUAAUAAAAUAUGCAUUGAAAAUGUAAAAAUGGACAAUAUAUGUUCAAUUUUUGUUUAACUACAGCUUAGAACUUCAAAAAGUUGCAAUAUAUUUUCUCGCCAACAUAAUCCCUUUGUCACUCUUGAUAUCAAAACUAGAGGAUUAUGCCUUUCGUUGACAUUGACAUUUGCUUUUCAGACUCUGUAAUAUGAGAAAAAAAUGUGUAGCCUAUAUCUUUCUUCUAUCACCAUAUAUAUUACAUCAUCGACUAGUAGGAAGAGAUAUGGUCCAGUAAAGCCAAAUUUUAAGUUGAGACGUAGCACCAUGAAUGAGGUCAAGCAGUCUGCUUACUGCAAUGAGAAGUUAAGUCCACAAGCUAAUCUUGUGUGUGGAUCAAAAACUUAAAAUGUAUACCUUUUAGAUGAAGAUUGUGUAGAAAUUAAACUUCCGUUCGUUCCUUUUAGCCAUUGUUAAUGGUUGUAUUUUGGUUAACGUUUUCCUUAGUUUUUUUUCUGACUUCUCGGCAACAACUUACGAAUUACUAUAUAGUAUUGUUGUGGUCUACUUCUCAUGUUUAUGAUGGUAACAUUAACAUCAGACAAGAAAAAUAAAUAAUUUGUUUACAUUAAAAGCCAGCAACAAUUGGUCCAUUUCCAUUAUAGAGACGCAUCAUGAACCAAAGCGAAAGCUCCGCAAAAACUAAUAACACCAAACCGGCCGUAACCGGAGAAACGUCCACCGUACCAACGUCCACCGUACCGGAAUGGAUAACCGAGACCAUCAAUGGUGGAUCAUUCCGCCAAGUAAAUCUCCAUACCGGAAUCAACGGCUGGGCUUCACCUCCAGGCAACGUCUUCUCUCUCCGCUCCGCUAACUACUUCACCAAAAAACAAAAAUCUCCCGGCGGAGACUACCUCCUCUCUCCCGCCGGCGUUGACUGGCUCAAAUCCACUUCAAAACUCGACAACAUCCUGUCUCGUCCCGACAACCGUGUGGCCCACGCGCUCAGAAAAGCCCAGUCACGUGGCGAGUCGCAAAACAGCUUCAUCUUCGCCGUGAACUGCGAACUUUCAGGCAAGGAACACUACCACAUGGUGUUAUACUUCGCGACGGAAGAGCCUCUUCCCUCAGACUCCCCCCUCCAACGUUUCAUCGACGGAGACGACACGUACCGUAACCAGAGAUUCAAGAUAGUGAGCCAAGUCGUGAAAGGUCCUUGGGUGGUUAAAGCGGCGGCAGGGCAGUUCGGGGCGUUUCUUGUCGGUAAGACCGUGAAGUGUAACUAUUAUAAAGGGUCUAACUACUUUGAGAUCGAUGUGGAUACAGGUAGCUCGGCGAUCAUGUCUGCGGUUGUACGGCUUCUGUUGGGGUAUACCAAGAACUUUAUGGCCGAUAUAGGCUUUGUUAUCGAGGCAAAAGGAGAGGAUGAGCUGCCGGAGAGACUGAUCGGGGGUGCUAGCAGGGCCGGCUUACAAGGGGGGACAAGCAGUGCGACCGCCCCGGGUCCGAGUCCGUGUCCCCCCUUGUAAUGAUAAAUAAGGGGCCCAAACUUUUAUAAAUCUAUAUUUUUAUAUAUAAAAAAAAUUAUAAAUACAAUAAAUAAAAUUGAAAAGGGCCCAAAAUUAUUUGAUAUGUAUAUAGUUUUAUUUUCAUUACAAAAUAUACAAAAUAUUAUUGAUUAAAUUUUAAAAAUAUUUUAAAUAUUAUCUUUAUAUAAAUUUUAGAGAGUAAAAAAUUUUUUUUUGCCCUAGGGCCCCUAUCAGUGUUGAGCCGGUCCUGGGUGCUAGAGUGUGUCAUAUGGACACAUCGUCGGCGUUUGUGGUCGGAGAGAAGCCGUUGGGACCGUGUAGAAUGUUGGGUUCGGUGGAAGCAAGCUACCAGGACAAGAACACGAACUGAAUGUCAACGACGUACGAUUACUAGAACCGAUCUUUUUUGUUUUCUUUUGAAACUUACUAGAUCCGAUCUUGACAACACUAAAAACCAUUUCAUCAAUCUCAAUGCAGUUUUAAACUUUAUUUA